UCGACGUAAUUUGAUGGUUACAAGUCAUAGAUGCUAGCUUAAGAUUUAAAAUGCGUGAAAAAGAGAUGUAUUUACUAGGCCAUAUGUGGUUGUCUCCGUGUCUGCCAUAAAUGCAACUCCAAUAAACUGGAAUGCAAAAACCCCAACUCGUCCCCCAAAGCAAAAUAACGAAACGUUGUACAUGUACAGUUUCUCCUCUAAUCUGCAGUCCCUGAGGCUUCAGACCGGAGGGACUCCUCCUUCUAAAUCUUGGUCUCUGUGCGACACUGAAGAAUUACUUGAUGAAGCGCUGGCCACGACGUUCUCGGGCUGCCAGGUCCUAGCUCUCGACUGCGAAGGUGAUAAACUCGGUCAGCAAGGUGGUACACUCUCCAUUAUCUCUGUGCGAGCGCUACUACCUCCGUCCCCCUCUCCUACCACUCUCCUCAUCGACGUUGUCACACUGACUCGUAGCGAAUCUCUCAAACGCUUUUUUGCACUCGUGGAAAGCGAGUCAGUUCAGAAAAUUGUUUAUGACGGCCGGAUGGACUUUUGUGCCUUUUUCUACGAGUGCGGCGUCCGUAUGCGGAAUGUCAUCGAUCUGCAACUGGCUGAUAUUUUAUCGCGCUCUGCUCGAGGCCAGAGCAUACAAACUCAGAAUCGCAGGCUUCAUGGAUACCUUGAUCCUAGUCAGGUCAUCCGCGAGAGGUCAAUGUAUGAUAAGGUGCACAUGCUUGGCGGAAUGGCUUCUUGCUUGAAGGACCAUGUCCUCAACGCCACGCCCAAAGGUUCAAUCGACCACCAGGCUUGGCUCAGACGUCCCAUCCAAGGGAAACAUCUUUCCUACGCCGCAUACGACAUUGAGCUCAUCGGGCUCAUUUACAAUGCUUUUCAACAACGAGGCUAUAUCAAACCGUCUCUCUCCGAGCAGAGCGAACGAUACAUCACUCUCUGGUCCGACAUGCAACCCCAGGCGUCCGAGAACAAUCUGUAUCGAAGUCAUCCACUUCUUCCCUUGGAGAUCCUCGUGCAGGGGUACCCACAAGAUAAAGAAUGUAACGGAUGUAAACGAAAACUCUCUCGAGGCUCAUUUCCGCCGCUUGGUUCCAGAUACUGCUUCGUAUGUCAUGCUGUGCAGGCUAACAUGACCAAGAAGCGAAGAGGACGUUGGAAUGGAGGUAGGUACUAGGAUGCUCGUUUAGUAAGGAAAAAAAACUCCUUGCUCUUCUCGUACAUACCUACUCAAUAUUGCCAAGAGCUUGAUUUGGGAAACUAAAUUCCUGUACAUACAUACAUACAUAAACAACCUUCGAAGAAUCGUUGACUAGAACCUGCAUAUUUUGAAUUUGUCUAUCAGUCAAUAAAACAUAAAAAUCAUGCACGGCAUAGAGCUUGAGUACGGACACAUAUGUAAGUAACGGA